AAAUUUUAACAAAGAAGAAAAUUAUUAUUUUUAAUGUUUUUACAAUUCUUGGAUGCAUGGAAGAUGAUGUAUUUGACUUUAUAAAUUAGUAAUAUUCUUAUACUAAUCGAUUGUCAUCAUGGCAAGAAUAAUUUGGCGAUAGGCUUAAAAAUGGCAGACAACAUAUUUUUGUUUGGGGAGAAAUAGAGAAAACACAAAUCUGAGUUUUCUUUUUAAUAUAUCAAGAAAAAAGGAAAAGAUAAUUUUAAUGGUUUUGCGGUGCUUUCUUGCAUGGUAGCCGUAGGAUCUACCGACGCCUUCUUUAUCCACCGUUAAUAGCUACGUUCUUUCGCACUGAAACUUGCCAUUCAAUUCCCCUCCGACCCGAGAUCUCUCAGAUCUGAUCUGCCAACCCCCGUUCCUCUUCUUCUUCUCCGUCGUCGUCUUCGCCUCGAGCCGGAGACGAAGAUGUACAUGGCAUAUGGAUGGCCCCAGGUCAUCCCCUUGGAGAGCACCGCUGAUGCCGCCACCUCCUCCUCCCCCUCUUUCGAUCGGAUCGUCUACCUCAAGGUCAUCAACCGCCAUCUCCUCGUCGUCUCCCCCACCCACCUCGAGCUCUGGAGCUCCUCCCAGCAUAAGGUGAGAUUGGGCAAGUACGUGAGGGAUGCCGAUUCGGUCGAGAGAGAGGGCGAGAAUCUGCAAGCCAUUUGGAGCCCUGACACCAAGUCGAUCGCCGUUCUUACUUCUGCAUCAUAUCUUCAUAUUUAUAAAGUCCAUUUUUCUGGAAAAAGGCUUAUGAUUGGAGGCAAACAACUCCCUGGUCUGUUUCUUGCUAGUGUAUCACUAGUUAUCACUGAGAAGGCGCCUUUCCGAGAGAAAAAUUUAGUAAUUAGCAAUUUUGUGUGUGAUAGCAAAAACAUGCUGCUUGGACUUUCUGAUGGACAUUUGCAGCUUGUUUCUUGGAUUGGAGAGUUCCCUAGCAUCUUCAAAAUUUGUUGCCAGCCAGCACAUUCUGUAGUGGAUGCAUCUUCUGCUUUCCUAGGAAAUGCAAGUGUGCAAGAAUCUGUCCAGUGCUGUACUAGAAGUUCAGCCAUUGUGCAGCUUGAGUUGUCAUUACAACUGAGGUUGUUAGUUGUUUUGUUCUCUGGUUGUCAAAUUGCACUUUGUUCUGUAAAUAAAAAGGGUUUAAAGCAGACAAGCUUUAUUAAAGCUGAAAGGUGGUUGAAUACAGAUGAUGCAAUGUGUGCUUCUGUAGCUUCUGAUCAACAGAUCCUUGCAGUUGGUUGUAGCAGGGGUGUUGUGGAAUUAUAUGACCUGGCAGAGAAUGCAACACAUCUUCGCACAAUUUCUUUGUAUGACUGGGGGUACUCUAUGGAGGAUACUGGUCCUGUCACAUGUAUAUCUUGGACACCUGACAAUUGUGCUUUUGCUGUGGGGUGGAAGUUUAGAGGGCUUACGGUUUGGUCUGCAUCUGGGUGCCGAUUGAUGUGCACAAUUCGUCAAAUUGGAAUGAGUUCAGCUUCAUCUCCUAUGGUUAAGCCUAAUCAGGAUUUAAAAUUUGAGCCUCUUAUUAGUGGGACCUCACAGGUUCAGUGGGAUGAGUUUGGAUACAAGCUUUAUGCAAUUGAAGAACGAUCAUCUGAGAGGAUUUUAGCAUUUUCAUUUGGCAAAUGCUGCCUUAACAGAGGGCUUUCAGGCACAUCAUAUGUUCGCCAGAUUGUAUAUGGUGAAGACCGAGUCCUUGUUGUGCAGCCUGCUGAUACAGAUGAACUUAAAAUUGUUCACCUUAAUCUGCCAGUAUCUUAUAUUUCACAAAACUGGCCUGUUUUACACGUUGUUGCUAGCAAAGAUGGUAUGUACUUAGCAGUUGCAGGUGUCCAUGGCCUCAUACUGUAUGACUUGCGCAACAAAAAGUGGCGAGUCUUUGGGGAUGUUACACAAGAGCAAAAAAUUGAGUGCAAAGGCUUAUUAUGGCUUGGCAAAAUUAUCGUUGUAUGUAACUACAUUGAGUCUUCUAACACGUAUGAGUUGUUGUUUUAUCCAAGAUAUCAUCUUGAUCAGAGCUCAUUACUCUACCGGAAACAAUUACUCGGGAAACCAAUGGUCAUGGAUGUGUUCCAGGACUAUGUACUUGUUACUUAUCGCCCAUUCGAUGUUCAUAUCUUCCACGUGAAGAUCUCAGGAGAACUCUCACCUUCUAGUUCCCCAGUUUUGCAGCUUUCCACAGUACGGGAGCUUUCCAUAAUGACUGCAAAGAGCCAUCCAGCCUCAAUGCGCUUUAUUCCUGAUUCCACAGCAGAAAAGGCAUUGGAAAAGAACAAUUCUUUGGAUAUCUUAUCUCAACAACCAUCUAGAUGCCUUAUAUUACGUACAAAUGGAGAGCUUUCAGUACUUGAUUUGGAUGAUGGGCAUGAGCAGUUGCUCUCUAACUCUGUUGAACUCUUUUGGGUUACUUGCGGCCAGUCUGAGGAGAAGGCUAAUCUUAUCGAGGAAGUUUCUUGGCUAGACUAUGGCCAUCGAGGAAUGCAGGUGUGGUAUCCGUCACCUGGUGUGGAUCCAUUCAAACGGGAAGACUUUUUGCAGCUGGAUCCUGAGCUUGAAUUUGAUCGCGAGAUUUAUCCUCUGGGGCUUCUUCCGAACAUCGCAGUUGUAGUUGGUGUGUGUCAAAGGAUGUCUUUUUCAGCAUGCUCUGAAUUUCCAUGCUUUGAGCCUUCCCCUCAAGCUCAGACUAUCUUGCAUUGUCUACUUAGACAUCUUCUUCAGAGGGACAAAAGUGAAGAAGCAUUGCACUUGGCAUGUUUGUCAGCAGAAAAGCCUCACUUUUCCCACUGCCUGGAGUGGCUUCUCUUUACUGUAUUUGAUGCUGAGAUAUCAAGGCAAAGUGCAAACAAGAAUCAGUUCUCUGCUUCAUUAACACCUUCAAGCAACUCACUCUUGGAGAAGACAUGCAAUCUAAUAAAAAAUUUUCCUGAAUAUGUGGAAGUUGUUGUUAGUGUUGCAAGGAAAACAGAUGGCCGGCAUUGGGCUGAUCUAUUCUCUUCUGCUGGAAGAUCAACUGAGUUGUUUGAGGAAUGUUUCCAACGCAGAUGGUACAGGACAGCUGCUUGCUACAUAUUGGUUAUUGCUAAGUUAGAAGGUCCAGCGGUGAGCCAGUACUGUGCCCUACGCCUAUUACAAGCAACACUUGACGAGUCCUUGUACGAACUUGCUGGGGAGCUGGUACGAUUCUUGCUUAGAUCUGGAAGGGAGUAUGAAAAUGCUACUACAGAGUCUGACAAACUCUCUCCUAGAAUUUUGGGUUAUUUUCUUUUUCGUUCUCCAUAUCGUAGGCAGUCAUCUGACUUGAAAAGCACAUCAUUUAAAGACCUUAGUCCACACAUUGCUUCUGUCAAGAAUAUUUUAGAGACUCAUGCUAGCCACUUGAUGUCUGGAAAAGAACUUUCAAAGCUUGUAGCAUUUGUGAAGGGUACACAAUUUGAUCUGGUGGAAUAUCUUCAGCGAGAAAGACAGGGGAGUGCUCGCUUGGAGAAUUUUGCUUCAGGGCUUCAACUGAUUGGGCAGAAGCUCCAAAUGGAUACCCUCCAAAGUCGGUUGGAUGCUGAAUUUCUCUUGGCACACAUGUGCUCUGUUAAAUUUAAGGAAUGGAUUGUAGUUUUAGCUACUCUCUUGAGGCGUGCAGAGGUUCUGGUUGAUCUUUUCCGUCAUGACUUGCGCUUGUGGACAGCAUACAGCAGAACUCUUCAGUCCCAUCCUUCAUUCCAUAAUUACCUUGAUCUCCUUGAUGUGUUGGAAGAGCAACUUGCUUCUGUAUCAGAUCAGGACAUACAGAAUGGGCCUGCCGCCUCGUCUGAUCACUCAUCCGAGUAACUGUCACUACUCUUCUCAGUGGUGCCUCUGUAAUUUAUAUUUAUACUCGAUGAUCUGAAGCGCUCCAGAAGAAAAGACAAUCCGAUGUCCCCCAUGCCUUGGUAGACGAGGAGAAGGAAGGUUUUGUUAAAAAUGUAAAUAGCAUAACGUAAGCUUCUGGAGUGGAUUUUUUCCAUUUAAUAAGAUGUUAGGAUAUUUUUUUUCUUAUGUUGAGAGUAAUAGCUACACACUACCUCGGCUUUUGAUGCAUGAAAUGGGCAUGUAUAUUUUGUUUGUGUUC